AUGAUGAGGAAUCAAACAUUCAGCACAACAAAUGCUUUACAGAUGCAAGCACAGACUUGUCUUGUUACUAAUGGCCAUCAACAUACCACAGAACCACGAUACGUAUCGUUGGACCAACAAGAAUUGAGAAUGAUUAGUGAUGAUACCAUCGUGUCCAAUUGCACCUCGUCGGAACAGCAGCUACAACAACAAACAACAUCCCCAUACCGUCUCACACACAUUCCAGUGAGAAUGCAUUUGUCAUUCACUAACUGCCCCAUGUCAGUUCGAGAAGUAACUCUGCGACUGCCAAUUGACAGCAUGACCGAGCAAUAUUUGGAUGUUUUUUGUAAAUUUGAAAGUGAUGAUACCAAAAUAGAUGUAUCAUUAAGGUUGCCUAUAGUUCUAAUUUGGAUUGCCAUGGAAUCAGCAAAGCAUCGACCUCAAUUUUACCUUGAUAUUUAUCUCAACCUGCAUUCUUCCUUGAUAAGAGAUUCUUUAGAACGUGAUAGUAUUCAAUGUUUUGUUGCCGGUAAAGAGAGAACCGAUUCUCAAUUCAUUCACCAUGAAGCAGUGACCAGUGGUAAUUGCAACGUUUAUCAAAAAACUUCAGGAGACAUUGCCGUUAGAAUUUGCAUGUUAAACCAACGUUUACCUCUCGUUCGUCUCGACACUUCAAACAUUGAAAAUGAAUUAUGUGACAUCCUUUCGAAUUGUAAAAGUUUGUCAGCCGAUUCCUCAAAUUGA